ACGUAACAUGAUUGACAGAUAAACUAACUGCGCAUGAAACGGUGCGGUGCUUUUCCGCCCCAGUCCAAAGAUGAGAGUCAAGUCUAUCACUUCUUAAUUCAACAAUGGCAAGACGCUGCAAGUAUACGCCAAUACUUGGGAACGUUAUUGACCCUUUCAAUAGAAGUCAUGUGGCAAAUCAGGAGUUGACUGAUGUGUUAAAUGAACUGUGGCGUCUGGACGUCAACCGGCUCAAACCCGGGACUGAUUACAUCAUUGACCCUCAGGGGCGAGCCGGCUACGUGGCUCAGGGCAGCAACUAUGCGAGGGAUCGUGCCAGAGCACCACUCUUCAAAUACGUCGACGAGGAUAAACUGAAGAGCAUCGAGACAUACGCACAUUUUAUCAACUUGCUGGACAACUACGAGAUGUCGACGGGUGUGUCGGAGUCGGUGACCCAUCAGGAGCUUCAGGAGAACCGCAAGUUCCUGGAUGCUAUCCUGGAGACGGAAGUCAUGAAGUUCGCUCACCAGUACCUGGUUAAGAAGAGAGUGUCACCUCCGGAUGUGGUGCGAUUCAAGAAGCAACUCUUCGACAUCUGGUUCCGCCUGUAUCAUCGUGACAGGCGCGGAGGGAAGGACUCGUGCGGGUUCGAGCAUGUGUUUGUGGGCGAGACCAAGCAGGGGCAGGAUAUUACAGGCCUUCACAACUGGGUGCAGUUCUACCUGCAGGAGAAGCAUGGCCACAUCGAUUACAAAGGUUACAAAGCGCGGGACAACAAAAACACCCCUGACGAGGACGACCACGUGCUCAACUUGCAGUUCAGUUGGAAGGGCCUGGUCAAGCCAGUGGGUGGCUCUUUCGUGGGGGUCAGUCCCGAAUUGGAGGUGGCUUUUUUUACCAUCGUCUUCCUGGCGUCCAGAGACAAGAGCACUGUUUUGGAGGUGAAGGUGGAUGAAUACGUGCUGGAGCUCGUGGUCCACAGGCACAGACGCUCCAUCGGGUCAUCCUACCCCAAGCUCCUCAGCAGUAACCACCGUGACUUGUAACUUAUUUUGGUCACAUUCAUUUUUUUAACCCGCCAAAUUCUACACAGUUUUUUUACAUUUCUAUCAAUCUAUUCAAAAUAAAAUAAUAACUUUUUGCUAAAAUGAAAUUAUAAUGUAUGAAUCGGUAUUCACUGUAUUUAACCGUGUGGAUCGUUAAUAUCAUCAUCCAAGGUUAUCGUUGUCCUUGUAUGGUGUCAGCCACAACAAACAAUAAAGUGAAAGUU